UAAAUCUCUCUCUUUCAUGAAGAUGACCAAUCCAGCCAUUCCGUCCUUUCUCCAUCUUAUCCCUCUCUUGUUCCUUCUUCACGUGAUGACUGUUGCGGGGAGGAGCAGUGCUACUAGAUUCUACCACUUCAAGGUACAAACAAUGAGACUCACCAGGCUAUGUCAGACCAAUGAGAUUGUGACGAUCAAUGGGAAGUUCCCUGGUCCAGCGAUCAGAGCUCAAGAAGAUGACAGAGUUAUUGUUACAGUUACCAACAGGACCCCGUAUAAUACGACGAUUCACUGGCAUGGAGUUAAGCAGAAACUAUCAUGUUGGUAUGAUGGUCCAUCCUACAUAACGCAAUGCCCAAUUCAGAGUGGGCAGAGUUUCACAUACAACUUCACAUUGACACAACAAAAAGGCACCUUCUUCUGGCAUGCACAUGUUUCAUGGCUUAGGGCCACAGUUUAUGGCUCCCUUGUAGUGUACCCUAAAGCAGGUGUUCCUUACCCGUUCAAGAAACCAUUUAUGGAGAAUACAAUCAUCCUAGGGGAGUACUGGCUUAAGGACGUAGUACAGCUCCAACAACAUGUAUUGGAGAGUGGAGGCCCUCCUCCUCCAGCAGACGCUUUCACAAUUAAUGGUCAACCAGGCCCUAACUACAAUUGUUCCUCUAAUGACGUGUAUGAGAUUAAGAUAGUUCCGGGGAAGACAUACCUGCUCAGGCUGAUUAACGCAGGCAUAAACAUGGAGAGCUUCUUCACCAUUGCUAAUCACAGGUUUACAAUAGUGGAAGCAGAUGGUGAGUACACCAAACCCUUAACCACAGAGCGUGUGAUGUUGGUGCCUGGACAGACCAUGAAUGUUCUUGUCACAGCUGAUCAGGCUAUCGGGAAGUACUCCAUUGCCAUGGGCCCUUAUGAGUCUGGAAAGAACAUUAAAUUCCAAAACACAUCAGCAAUAGCCUAUUUACAGUACUUGGGUGCGCUGCCUAAUACUCUAACAUUACCAGCUAAGUUGCCAGAUUUUAAUGAUAAUCUCGCUGCUAAGAACGUCAUGGAUGGACUGAGAAGUCUGAACACAGUUGAUGUUCCAAAAGAUAUUGAAGCCAAUCUCUUCAUCACAAUCGGGAUAAAUGUAAACAAGUGUAACUCUGAAAAUCCAAAGGAUAAGUGCCAGGGGCCCAAAAAUGGAAGAUUAGCAGCUUCCAUGAACAACAUCAGCUUCGUUGAGCCUAAAGUGUCAAUUCUGGAAGCUUAUUACAAGAAGCUGGAUGGAUACUUCACCACAGAUUUUCCAGGAGUGCCAGAAAAAUUCUCUGACUUUGUCAAUGGGGCACCCAAUAACAUUCCCAACGACACACAAGCUGCAAAUGGGACAAGAGCUAUAGUUUUCGAAUACGGGACCAAGAUACAGCUAAUCUUCCAGAAUACCGGCACACUCACAACUGAGAAUCACCCAAUUCAUAUUCAUGGGCACAGCUUUUAUGUUAUUGGUUAUGGUACAGGAAACUAUGAUCAACGAACAGCACAAUUUAAUUUGGAGGAUCCUCCUUACAUGAACACCAUUGGAGUUCCAGUAGGAGGAUGGGCUGCAAUCAGGUUCGUUGCAGAUAAUCCAGGGGUCUGGUUCUUGCAUUGCCAUAUUGACAUACACCAGUCAUGGGGAUUGAGCACAAUGUUUAUAGUAAAAAAUGGCAAGAAGGAGCUCGAGAGCCUACCUCAGCCUCCUGCAGAUCUGCCGAAGUGCUAACUGCAUUGAAGUUUAACAAAC